AUGAGUAAAGUUGGAGGUCCUCGGAUCACGGAAGAGAUCCAAACCAGUUCUCGACUUGACCUAAACCGCCACUUGAACAAGCUUAUCGAACCCAUGCGGGCCUUGUGUUUUGAAGCUGCCGAAACAGAAUUGCCUGCAUCUCCAGAUUGGACCUCGGUCGUUCUAUAUCCCAAGAUAUUGACGCUCUUUGCUGCAAUGUCCGCACGCGUCAUGGUUGGUCCUGGGCUCUGCAUCGCGUGGCCUGCCAUUGCGAUGAAGUAUAUCAAUCGCGUGCUCGCUGCCCAGGGUGCCAUUCGUAACAGGUAUCACCCCAUGCUCUACUGGAUGGCCUACUAUCUGAGCCCCGAGGUGGCACUGGUGAAUGAGGCUCGUCGCGAGGCAGCCGAGCUGGUUCGCCCCGUACUCGAGGCCCGGCAGGCUGAAUACGCGAACCGGGGCGCCGAGACCGAGAAGCACGACGACUUCAUUCAGUGGGUCAUGGACGCGUAUCGGACCAAUGGGAAGAAGGUUACACCGGAUGAGACGGUGCAGAACAUAUUUAUUGUCAUGUUUGCAUCCAUGCACGGCACCUCUUUUGUCGCUCUACAGGCCCUCUUUGCGCUGCUGAGCGAACCCGAUGCUCUAUCCGAGGUUCGUGACGAAGUCAACCGCGUACUGAGAGACGAGCUCAAGGGCUCAUCUAUAUGGACUCGCCACGCGCUCGGGGAGCUCAAGACGAUGGAUUCGUUCAUGAAGGAGACGCUGCGCAUGAAGCCAUUUCAAGAGGCCACGGUCCAACGUGUCGCCAUGGUCCCUUAUACAUUCAAAGACGGGCUGAGGAUUCCCUCCGGCACUGUCAUGUCAUUUCUAAAUCUACGCUACAACACGGACGGAUCGCGGGUGCCCGAGGCCGACACCUUUGACGGCAAGCGCUGGCUGCGGCGGCGCGCCGGCUUUGACACGAGCAAGUUCCAGUUUGCGUCCACUUCCGAGGAUAUGUUUGACUGGGGCGGAGGUCUGCAUGCCUGUCCUGGCCGGUUCAUGGCCGAGAUCACCAUCAAGCUGAUUCUCAUCUGUCUCAUCACCAAGUACGACAUGAAGCUCGUGGAGAGCGAAAAUGAUCGGCCGUCUGAGUCGAGACGUUUUAUGGACCUGACUCCCGAUACGUCGGUGCCGAUAAUGAUCAAAGAUUUGCAGGCUUGA